CAUACCUACAGUUCACUCACUCCGGAACUCGUUUCGCCCCACUGUUUUUAGGAUCGGCGAGAAACUCAGCUGGAAACCACGCUUGACCAGAUCGGAGAUAACCUGUCCCAUUUCCCGACGGCUUGAUCUUCGAAGCUCUUCAGAGUUCAGACAAUCUUCCUCUUCCCCUCACACUUUGGUUGCAAGAAUCUUUCCCUCCUUGGAUUUCGACCUAUACUCCUUCCGCAUGGUGCAACCUCAAUGCAUUCUUCUGUGUGACUGUCUCUUUGACAUACCCACCUCAGUGGCUCCCCGACGAGCAGAAUCAUGGUCAUGAAGCAGUGCACUAUCUGCGAUCGGCAAUUCAAGAAAACAGAGCAUUUCAAGCGCCAUGAACGGUCGCACACGAAAGAGAAGCCCUACCAGUGCAGUGUUUGUUUGAAGCGGUUCUCACGGAGUGACGUCCUGAGUCGCCAUGCCAAAGGCCACAAGAACCCCCGCAAGGAGGAGACAAGCGAACCAAAGAGUCUUCAGGCUGCCUCGCCGGCCACUAUACCGCAUAAUGAUCCAACACCGGUUAUCUCGCAUGCGAGCCAGCAGGGCAUGCAGGGAAUGAGCCCCAACGAUCUCCAACAGAUGCAGAAUCUCCCGUCGCACCGAGGCACGUCGCUGUCCGCAACGCCGGGGAUCCCAUCAUCGUCUUUGGACUUCUUGGCCAAUAUAUCCACCCACCAACCUCGCACGGAACCAGAGGUCAAUCAAAUGAUGCCUGACGAGCAACAACAUCAAUACUUCGGAUGGAACCACAUCUCCGGCCCGGACCAGCAAUACUUCAGAGGAACCAUACUCGAUCCAAUGCAGAAUGACUUGCUGCAGUUCUGGCUGGAGCCCCGUGGAGACUCGAUUUCGCACAAUGGUUCCCUGGACAUGAUGGGAGAGCCAAUUGGCAGCCUGCCAGGUGGAGAUUCCGUGUCAACACCUCAGCAGCACCAACAGCAAUUCUCAACCGAUGGUGAGACCUCAAAAUCGGGGAACCUGAUCCCGAAUGAGCGAUUCUCUCGCGUACAGCGCUAUUGGCUCGCUCCAGCAAAUAACACCGGUCGCCUGAUGAACGGCCUGUGGCGAGAUGUAGCCAGCAGUGACAUGAACAACAUAUUCACCCUGUCGGCAACACCCCCGUCAGAUGGCCCAGUCGGACCACAGGGAUCGAGGUAUGGGCUUGACGAAGCGUGUAGGCAACGCCUCUAUCUUGCUUUUGGACAGACCGAACAGUCGCAGCUACAUGCGCUGCCUGGGACCAACACGCUUCCUUCCUUGGCUUCGGGCUCCAUUCCAAAGAACCACAACUUUCCCCCAGCCGAGGUACUUGAUAUGGCGCUCGAUCUUUACUUCCGCGAAUUCCACCCACUGGUGCCUUUCAUCCAUGUUCCUACCUUUUCUGCAAGCGAUACGCAGCCUGCGGUACUGUAUGCUAUGUGUCUCAUUGGAAUGGUCUUACUGGGGACUAGAGGAACAAUGGAUUUCGUUUGCAGGAACUUCUCGUUGAUGCUUGAGCGCCUCACGGCCGAUCUCGCUAAGUGUUCGGUGGGCGUGGAGAACUCGGUGUGCACCGUCUCUACCUUUGCCGCCUGCUUUCUGUUUCUCAACCUGGCUGCUAUGACUGGGGAGAAGGAACAUCUCGAAAAAUGUCAGAUGCUCUAUGUCAAUCUCAUAUCGAUCGCGCAACGGCAUGGUCUUUUCGCCGCCACAGAAGGACAAGUGCUUGACAUGAACCUUUUCGACACCUUUACUGAUGUUGAGACGAGGUGGAAAGCCUGGAGCAAGGUAGAGUCUGUGAAAAGAUUAAUUACCGGUCUGCUGCUAUUGGACUCUUGGUAUUCUUCAUUUAUGUCCACGAGUCCCAUUGUCGUGCCCGAUUCAGUCCAGUUAAUACUGCCAUGUGACGACGCACUUUUCCGAGCCAUCACGGCCAUGCGAUGGAUGCAGUUGAUCUGUAGCGGGAAAGGCAUGCUAAUGCCUACGAUUGUGGCACCGUCAGAAAGCGUGGGCCUUCCCGAACUGGAGAGCCCGGUCGACGACUUUUGUAUGCAUGCGGUGCUAUCACUGGUGCAGUUGCGGCUCUCUGAAGCCUACUACCGUCUUCUCUCGAACAGACCACAAUUCCCCUUCGCGCCGUGCCACACUUACAGUAUGGAUCCUCGUGCCAGGUGUCUCGCGCCCCUCCAGCUGCAGAUCGCCGACAAGUAUGGAGACUUACUUGCUCGAUUGAAUCCCAAUGCGGCUGUGACGUGGCACAAUAUGUGCUUGACGCUGUCGGCAGACACCCAGAUCUUUGAUCUAGCGGCAGGGCGAUCAGGUCCAGCUCCUGGCCGGAAAGCUUUGGCCGACAUUGCCGCGUGGUCGCAGACACCGGCUGCCAGACGAGCCUGUCUACAUGCGGCUCAUAUCUAUAGGGUGUUGACGAACCGCAAGACUUCCGACCAUAUGAUGUUCCACUCAGUCUUUUCUCUCUUCUCCGCGGCGCUAGUCCUGGGACUCUAUGUUUUCAUGGUGCCGAAUGUCGCUGAUUCGCAGGGAGGGGGCACUGCGAUCGAGCUUUUCGAUGACAUCGACUGGCAGAAGGUGGGUACUGAGGGACUUACCAAUUACAUGGUCCCGCACGGCAGUCAACCUUUUUCGCUGUCCGAUGAGCCGGCUGUGAACUUCAUCCGCAACGGGGGGACGGUGUACCUCCGAGGGAUGCCCGUUCAAGGCGGAUAUCAGUCCGCACGACGCGUUCUGCUGGACUAUGCCGGGUUGUUGAGAGACGCUGGCAAAUGGAGCGUGCGCAAGUUUUCUUAUGUGCUUCACAUCAUGAGCGAUGUGUUAAUGGAUGUAGAAUGA